AUGACUGACCAGGAUUCAAAUAAGAUCAGCAAACCACGAAAAAUUCAGUCAAAUGGUAAUAGAGCGCUAAAAGCUUGCGAUACCUGUCGUCGCAUGAAAACUCGAUGCAUCCCAUCGCCUUUACCAAAUGAACAUCAAUGUCUUCGAUGCGAUACUUUAAAGCUACGAUGCUCUUUUCAAGACCUUUGGGAAGCUGAGGGCGACGAAGAGGUGAAAGCGGGAGGUUUAAACAAAGAAAGUAAGGAUUCCGGCAAAUCGAGCAAUACCACUAGUUCUACUAGUUAUGAGUCCGCUGAAUUGACAAAACGACUUUUAAAAAGUGGGUAUACCCCGGAGCAUUUCGCAAUCCAUUCAAAACUGCUGCAAAACGUCAACAGUAACGUUACAAAAAUUUUAAAACUGUUAGAAACCGGCUCUGCAAAUUCGUCGGACACUUCUGAUCGUAAAUUGCAAGAUGUGAAUUCUACCUUCGACACUGUGGCCGCCGCAUCUCAUCAAGUGGUCGGAAAUGAGCCCAGCAGUCUCUCAUCUUCAACUAUGGGUCUUACUAGCUUUAGAGCAGGCUCCCCGGAGCUAGGCGAAUCCACAUCAAGAAUCGAGCAUCGCCAUUCAACACCACAUCUGGCUUCUCCAUUCGCCAUGUUCACACAGCUGGCAGCUACUGAAAACGUGCCCCUUCCCAUAACCAAACUGUACCACUGUGCUCUGGUACCAGAUGAAACGAGCACUGAUGUCAUUGACAUGAAUAUCCUGUCGUUAGACGAAGUUACUUUACUAAUGGAAUCAUUCCGGCAUGGCUACGGAAAGUGGUGUUCAUUUCCGGAGUCAUUGGACUCCAGUGAACUGGUCAGGAUGCUGAGAACCCGAAAUGCAAGUUUGUUGCUUACUACCACAUGCGUGCUGGCCCUCCGAUAUACAAUCCAGCACCAUGAUCUAAAGACUCGAAUAUACAAAAUUCUGCUUUACAAACUCAAAGACGAUCUAGAAACUAGCCUCAGAGCUGUCCCGCAAACAGUUGAGUUCCUACAAGCAAUAACACUACUUUCCUUGUACGCAAAUUCCUUUAGUAGUGACAUUAUGACCUUCGACGCUUGGUAUCUCUCUGGAAUAGGCUUACAACAAUUUUUGACCUUAACCGUCGACGAUGAAGACUACAAAGAUGAAGCUGGACUAAAUCAAGUGUCAGAUUCAGAAUUGCACGGUUCCUUGGACGAAGACAACUACACGGAUAGCGAUUCAAGUCUCACGUUCCGGAGAUUACAAUUAUUUCGCCUUUGGAAUCACCUAUGUCUAGCCCAUACUGCCAAUUGCGUAUUCUCUGGUAGAAUGUGUAUUAUUGAUGGGCUGAGAGCAGAUCUUUGUCGUCGAACUUUGGAUUUCUCGAAGUCCACUAACUUUGAUGGAAGAAUGGUGGCAGAAAUAGCGCUACAAUUGAUCCUGUACAAAUUUGUACAGCAAUGUGCUUUGAGCCCUUUAGAUGAUGCUUCGGGUGCUGUGGCUUUUAAGACUGUUAAUGAGGAACUGCGCAAGUGGAAUGAAGAGUGGGCCUAUCUCGUAGCUCAACCCAUCUACCCCUCCAAACAAUACGCCGAGUUUGCUUUGGAUUACGCUCAUACCAUUGUACUGUACACCUGGUUUCAUAGAUUAUACAAAGCCAGUCAAGCCAGGAAGGCAACCAUUGGAAAUCGGUCUAGCAGUGCCAGCAAUACCAAAGGCUCAAGAAUACCUAGCCAAAACCCAGCUAUAACAGCACUGGAUCAAGAAAAUUCCAUACUUCAUGUUGUGAGCUCAAUGCCUGUGGAAAUGCAAUUAAAAGUGCUUGACCACGCUCGCAAAGCCGUGGAAGCAAUGGUAAGUGAAAACUUUGAGAAUUUUCGCUUUCUUUCUGACCAAUUGAUAUUUCAGUGCGUUCAUUCAUCAUUGAUGUGCUUGGUAGUGGCUCGUAAACUCUUUGACUCUGGAAGUCCGGUCCUGAAAGAAGAAAAUCUGGAGCAGGUGCUGAGUGAUGUUAAAAAGUUCAGUUUGAGGCUUCAUAAGAUACGGGAGGGCGAGCUGAAAAGUUUUUGGGUUGAGGAGGUUGAUUUAAGAAUACCUAGCGUUAUUCUACAAUAUCAUAAGUCCUUAGAAUCAUGUCUUCGAGACAAAUUUCCCGAAUAUGAAAUUCAUGUUGAUGACGACUAUUUAUGA